AUUAAGAGAGAGAGAGAGAAUAAACCCAAAUUCAAACUCCCGAAAUAACAAAAUUGGGGUUAGGGCUCUAGCAUCUACUGGACUCAUUCUACGCUCACUUUUCUGCAACUAAGGCUUGGAUCAGUAACUCUAAGCUUUGGAUCAAUCAUUCUAAGCUCUCAAAUUCAAAUAGCCCUAAUUGAAACUGUUUUUAGCCUGAUAUAUAUGCACUGAAGAUUAUCAACAUUAUGGAAUAGUGCAGGAACUUGAACAAGUUGAUGAUAGGCCGUUCACAGAAAUGGGAGAAGUGAAUUUUAUACAGGAGGAGGAUGCACGAUUGGAGACUACACGGGCUAGAUUUUCAAAUGUACUCAAAAGGCAUGGAGAAUUAACAGAGCGUCUUUCCAGGGAUUCUGACAAGACAAUUUUUGAGCGUUUACAAAAGGAAUUUGAAGCUGCACGUGCUUCUCAAACUCAAGAAAUUUGUUUAGAUGGCGAACAAUGGAAUGAUGGGUUAUUAGCUACGAUAAGGGAGCGGGUUCACAUGGAGGCUGAAAGAAAGGCAAUGCCAGGGGAUGCAAACAUGAUGCAAGGUCUUCAUUUCCACGAAAAAAUUACUUACAAAGUUGGAACUAAGGUUAUCUGCUGUUUAGAAGGAGCAAGGAUUGGCAUACAAUAUGAGACAUCUUUUGCUGGAGAACCUUGUGAGCUGUACCAUUGUGUGCUCGAGAGCAAGUCAUUUCUUGAAAAGAUGACUGUCCUUGAACACACAGUUCCAUUCUUUCUGCCAAUACGUGAAACAGAAAAUGAUCUUCUCUCUUCCAAUGCAAUGAAAUUCAUAGAUCAUGUUGGAGAACUGUUGCAAGCUUAUGUCGAUAGACGAGAGCAGGUUCGCCUUAUUAAGGAAUUGUAUGGAAAUCAAAUUGGAGAGCUUUAUCAUAGUCUUCCUUAUCACAUGGUUGAAUUUGUACUAGAGGAUUUUGAUUGCAAGGUAACGGUUAGUCUUAGAUAUGCAGAUCUCCUAUCCGUACUUCCAACUCGAAUCAGUGCCCUGGCAUGGCCCAUGCAUGUAUCCAAGAAAUCUUCAAAUCCUGCAACAAUGAUCAGGAAGGGAAAUGGAGCUGUAGGAAGUCACCCUAUACCAGCACGUUUAUCUUAUGCGGAGGAGGCAUUACGAACUUUGAGUUUACCAGAAGCGUACGCGGAGAUUGUGUUGAACCUGCCCCAAGCUCUUCAACAAAUAUUUCCGCACAGGAAUCCUGCUUAGUGCCUGCUCUUUCCGCCGGAGAAGUGCUCUCUAUAUCGUAUACAAAGCAAUUGCAGAGAUGAUACUGGCUGCAAGUUCAAUCUGUGUUUUACUUGAUGUGUAUAUAAUGUAAUCCCCCUUCCCCGACUCAAUAAAUGAUGCUGGAAAGUCAAAUGUUAGUCACUGAACUAAAAUGCAAUUUAGUCAUAUAUGACACAAUUUAUCAUUUAAAUUGUUAUGUUAUGUUUUUUUUUUUUUUUUUUCAAUAUGAUUACUAUGUCUUGGAAGCUGUCAUAAUAUUUUUGUUUGGUUCA